GACACAAACAUUCAGAACUUCAACACACUCGAAAAUAUCAUCCUCAUCCAUCUCACACUAUGAUCCCAACACAAAGCGGGUCAGACCGUCAGAUUCUAACUUUUACGGCCGUACAUCCCUGCGAAUCAAUCUCCAUAACCACUCUCAUUGACUCACUGAUAAAACUUGCCGGCGAGAUUCUCAGCUUCAAAUCAAAGCAUUUCUCCACCAACAAAGGAAGCGUUAAAAAAACUCUCCGACAUGUCCAUAGUCUUUUGAUCAUCUUCCAAGAAAUACGGGCCGGCGCCGGGUCAAUAUCCGCGGGUCGUUCCUUUCUUCGUUCAGCAAUCCUAAGCCUCUCAGAGCUCCACGUCGUCUUCCAGAAACUCAAGUUUUUAUUACAAGACUGUACACGAGAAGGAGGUAAGCUUUACAUGUUGAUAAACUCCGACCAAAUCUCAGCUCAUUUCCGGGUCUUGACCCGAUCCAUAUCCACGUGCCUCGACACACUCCCAGUAGGAUCCAUUGACUUGCCGGAAGAAGUGAACGAGCUAAUCUACCUAGUACUCCGUCAGACCCGUAAAUACGAAGCAAGACCCGACCGGGAUGACAAACGGGCCCUAGACUCGGUCUAUUGGUUCUUCAAUCUGUUCGAGAACAGGAUUAACCCGAACCGGGAUGAAGUAACCCGAGUUCUUGAUCACAUCGGUGUCCGCAAAUGGAGUGAUUGCGUGAAAGAGAGUGCUUUUAUACAAGAAGAGUUUACAAUAGAGAAGAACGAAAUCGAACUUCUUAGCAGCUUAGCGGGAUUCAUAUGCUACUGCAGAUGCGUGGUACUUCAAGGAGUCGAUGAAGACGACGAGGAAGAUAAGAAAGAAGAAGACAACGAGGACUUGAUAAUUAGUGGACUAAACGUUGAUGAUCUACGUUGUCCAAUUUCUCUAGAGAUUAUGAAUGAUCCAGUAGUUUUGGAAACAGGUCACACGUAUGAUAGGCGCUCUAUCGCGAAGUGGUUCUCCGCUGGUAACAUCACCUGCCCUAAGACCGGGAAGAAUCUAGUGAGUACUGUUUUGGUUGAUAACGUCUCCGUCAAGAAAGUGAUACAGAGUUACUUCAAGCAAGAGAUUGAUAAUAAGAGUAAGAAUAAGAAGAAGAAGCAAACGAGUGUUCCUGAGAGUUUAGCGGCGGAAGAAGCUGGGAAACUCAUUACCAACUUUCUCGCCGGAGAAUUGAUCCACGGCGGGGCGGGAGAGAUGGUGAAGGCGUUAGUGGAGAUUCGAAUCCUCACCAAGACGAGUGGUUUCAACAGGUCUCGUUUGGUGGAAGCUGGCGUUGUGGAAUCGCUGAUGAACCUUCUUCGUUCCGGAGAUCCGACGGUUCAAGAGAACGCCAUGGCUGCGAUUUUGAAUCUGUCGAAAGAUAUCGCCGGAAGGUGAAUCGGCGGUUACGGCGGCGGAUUGGAGUUGAUCGUGGAGGUUUUAAACGAAGGAGCGAGGAGAGAGAGCAGACAACACGCAGCAGCUUCGAUCUUCUAUCUAUCUUCCUUAGGAGAUUACAGCAGAUUGAUCGGAGAGGUCACGGGUUCGAUUCCCGGAUUGUUGAGAAUCGUUGAAGGUUGUGAUUACGGAGAUUCCGCGAAACGCAACGCGUUGAUCGCGAUUAGGAGUUUGUUGAAUCAACAUCCGGAUAAUCACUGGCGUGUCCUCGCCGCUGGAUCCGUUUCCGUUCUUUUGGAUCUCGUGAGAUCCGGCGAGAUCGGUGAUGGAGUCAAGGCGGAUUCGAUUGCUGUUCUCGCGAAAAUUGCGGAGUAUCCCGACGGGAUGAUCUCUGUGCUCCGUCGCGGAGGGUUGAAGCUCGCGGUGAAGGUUCUGGGUUCGUCGGAGGCUUCGUCGGUGACGAAGCAGAACUGCGUCGUUUUGCUUUUGAAUUUGUGUGUUAACGGAGGAAUUGACGUCGUUGGAGCACUCGCUAAGGAUCCGUCAGUCAUGGGGUCGCUUUACACGGCGUUAAGUAACGGCGAGUGUGGAGGUGGGAGAAAGGCGAGUGCGCUUAUCAAAAUGAUUCAUGAGUUCCAGGAGAGGAGAACCGAACCGGGUUUAGAAAGAGAACGGUUUACACGUCUGGUGAUUUGAUGCUGAUACACACGCUAUAUAAUACGGCAACUCUUUUGAGCUUUUUUAUCAGAGGGUUUAUACAUACCAACACUAACUUCAUUUUUAUGUGUUUAAGAUAUACUUCUAUUGUUAUUACUGUGUAAAUUUUUACAUAUAUCUGUAAAUCUUAGCUCUGUGGCUUUUUAGUAACCAAAGAGCUAAUGAUACUGUGUGCAAAACUAUUGUGUACUGUAGUUAUACAACUGCCUUUCCAGAAAUAAAUGAAGAACAUAACAUUUAGUAA